UGUCGCGUGUCACCCGUCCCCCGCACCGGGCAGCGAAGUGGUUAACGGGGGGUGGCAGCGGUGGGAUCCCACCCCCGGGGCCGGCCCGGGGGGGGCCUUAUAAAGGUGGGCACGGGCGGCCCCCGGGGAGGGGAGCGGGGCCGUGGAGGGCAGCGGGGGCCAGGCCAUGCGGGAGCUGCGCUCGUCCUCCUUCUGGAGGGCUGUCCUGGCCGAAUUCCUGGGCAGCCUCCUCUAUGCCCUGCUGGGGUUGGGGGCCUCCCUGCGCUGGGCCCCGGGCCCCACCAGCGUCUUGGGGGCCGCCCUGGCCUUCGGGCUGGCCCAGGCCACCCUGGUGCAGGCACUGGGCCACGUCAGCGGGGGCCACGUCAACCCGGCCAUCACCCUGGCCUUCCUGCUGGCCUCGCAGCUCUCCCUGCCCCGCGCCCUGGGCUACCUCCUGGCCCAGCUGCUGGGUGCGCUGGCCGGGGCCGGCGUGCUCUACGGGGUGACACCGGCCCCCAUCCGUGGCACCCUUGGCCUCAGCGCGCUGCACCCCGGCGUGGGCCCGGGCCAAGGCACCGUAGUGGAGCUGCUCCUGACCGCCCAGUUCAUCCUCUGCGUCUUCGCCAGCUUCGACGACCGCCACGACGGGCGCCCGGGCUCAGCCGCCCUGCCCGUCGGCUUCUCCCUCGCCCUCGGCCACCUCUUCGGGAUCCACUACACGGGCGCUGGAAUGAACCCCGCGCGCUCCUUCGCCCCCGCUGUCAUCACCCGCAACUUCACCAACCACUGGGUGUACUGGGCGGGCCCGCUGCUGGGCGCGGCGCUGGGCGCGGUGCUGUACGAGUUCGCGCUGUGCCCCCGGCCCCGCAGCCUGGCCGAGCGCCUGGCCGCCCUCAAGGGAGAGCCCCCCGCCGCCGAGCCGCCGCCCGAGCCGCCGGCCGAGCCGCUGGAGCUGAAGACGCAGGGCCUGUAGGCCGGGACCGGCCCCCCCCGCGCCCGCCCGCUGCUUUGCUGUGACGGGGCCGCCGCGGUGCGUGUGGUGCGUGUGUGUGCGGCGCGGCGGGCGGCGGCGGCGGCGAAGACGGCGGCGGCGGCGGAGCCCCGCUGCCGGGACCCGGCCUGGCCUGGCCGGGGUCGCCCGUACCGGGCCGGGGGCCGCCCCGCCCCGCCGCGCUGCGGCGGGAGUUCUGUGUUCGGUGAAUUAA